AUGGAAAGCGGGAAGAGCGUGAGGAAUCACAAGUUUAGGUGCUUAGAUACGCCUAGCCUUGGGGAUUCUAUUGGCAGGGAUUGGGGAUUAGAGAAGGUGAUGAGAUUCUCAACAAGUCAAGAGAACGGUAUUUUCAAGGUUAGAGGAUCGACAGUGGAAGCGCUGAUUGGAGCAAUAUCACAUGAAUUUGGUCAAGACGCUGCUGUCAGUCAGCAGUCGAUUCACUCACAUCAUCUUAUAUCCUCUGAUCUGUUUCAACUCAUCAUACUAAGCAGCUUGACUGAUAACGAUAGCAGCGUCAUCAGUCUCAUUAGCUGCAUUUACUCCAUCUUACUUCCAAAAUUCCCAAUCUUGCUAUCAAAGUAUAUACCAACAUUCCUCGCAUUCAUCGGUAGAAUUCUGGUUUGGAAAAGGCGUAAAAAUGCAUUCAUUCACUCUGAAAUCAUAAAUGAGAUUGAUAAACUGGCAGUGACACGUACACUCACUCUCAAGAAUAAAGAUUUCAUUCAACUCACUCAAGAUAGCAAAUUCACUCCUUCCCCUUCACCUCUGUUUACCUUCAUUUAUGGUAUUUUUCCAGCCAACACUCUCGCAUUCUUACGGUCUCCGAUUGAAUACCUCAAUUCUUUUGAAUUCGACAACCCUUACGUUCAAGAUAUUGAUCAGUGGUUGUUUGUAGAUCUCAUCAAGGCUCGCUCGCUUCCAUUACUACGAACUCAUCUCAUACAUCCAUUCUUCCUCAAACACCCUCUCAAUGAUCCUCACUAUGAGCUCACACAGACAAGCUGCAGAUGGCCUGACACUGAAUCACAAGCUAUUCUUGCACAGUGCGCAGUGCUUGAGAUCAACGCAGCAAGUAUUGUUGAAUAUGGAAGACGUGUAGCUGAGGGAAUUAUAAUCGAUGGAAACACCCACCUCAAUCAAGAAAAUGCAGAUCUUUCCCAACUAGACUCGCAGAUCGAUCAAUCGGUUAUCUACCUACCUGAAUCGAAAGCUUUGCGUGAGAGCAUCCACCGUGCGAGAGUGGAGAAAAAGGAAGAUGAAGAAGGUGAUGAGAGGGAGAUGUUUGGAACAGAUGACAUCAAGCGUGACUACACGUACGAGCAGUAUAUUAAAGGACAACUGUUGAUGAGAUUGGGUCAGUUACAUAGACGUAGAUUGGCAGAAGCACGCGAUGAAGAUGCCCAACAGUCUUUGUACAUACAUCUCCGCGAACUCAGCUCCAGGUUGUCACAAGCACAGGCUGCUCUGUCUAACGCUCGAAGCGAAGCAACUAAAACUCACUCACGUCAUGUUACAUGGACGGACGAGCUACAGAAGAAAGUAAAGUAUUUCCGAGAAGAGAAGAAGAACUGGGAUGCAGAAGCUGUUGGAUUAAGAGGCGAACGUAGUGCAAGUGAAGAGAUUAUUCGUGUUAAUCUAGGAAGACUGGCUGAUUCAGGUAAUCAAAUAUUCGAGCUUGAGAAUCAGAUCAGAGAGUGGACACCUAAAAUUGAGGAGUUUGGCAAGUUACAAGAGCGCAACAAGGAGUUGAUGAAUCUUUUGGCAGAUCGAGACGAUGAUCUAUUUAGACACGACGAGCAAAGACGCGAAAUGCAGCUACUCUUAGGUAGGUUUAAUGUGCUCAAGACAAUGACAAAAGCAGAGCGAGAUGCACGAGUCGCGGCAGAGAACGAGGCUCGUAAGUCGCGCAAUGAGAGCGAUCAGCUGCGUUUUAAGAACGAGCAUCUGGAGAGCAGGUUGACGGAGCUACUUGAGAGUAGAAACCGCAGUCAAGUGAGGGAAACACCGCAAGUUAAAGAAGUACAUGUCCAUCCACUCCAGAAUACAGAUUUGCCCGAAGAGGUGCUCAAUUUGAGAGCUACAGUUGAGAGGCUGGAAGGAGAGAAGAGGGAAGCAUUUUUGAUGAAUCAGAAUCGCGAAGAAGAGUCGAGUGAUGAAGAUGUUACAUUUGUUCGAAGGGAUGGGAGUAAGUCACCACCGAUGCGCUCCCCAGUGGCGCCUUCAAUCAAUUUGUUUCCAGCGUCGUUGUCGAAUGCAUGGACACAGUCGCAGCCAAAUACUCCAUAUCUAGGUGGUAAUUCGGUGUUGUCAGGAGGACAUCAGACAGGCGCUAGUGGUACCAACAAUACUAAUCAAACGAACAACAAUACUCACCGCCGCACGCGGCAUGUAAGGUCGCCGACGCUGUCGUCUGCCCCGUCUGUGAUUGCCGGACUGGGGCUAGGACCACAGAGCAGGGAUUCAAGUGGGGAGCGUAAGGCUUCAAAUUGA